AUGGGGAUGGGUCAUGUUCAGUCAUUGUUAAUUUUAAUUUUGAUUUUUCUCUGCUAUCAAGGUUUUUCUGUGAGGACAAAAGACAAGAUUUAUGUCAACAUUAAGGGCCAGAAAGCUUGCUUCCGGCGCCUAAAUGCCACAAGCCAAAUUGGUUGUUCCUCUGAAAGUAAAGGAAAUAUUGGUGUUGUUCAUUAUAUGAGAACCACAAAGGAUCAUGACUGGGUCUUAAAUUUGGGGCCCUACCCUCCUUAUGUUAUAUUGAUUGCUGCUGAAAAUUUUAACAGGCAAGACAUCACAGAACUGAUCGAUUCCAAGAGAGUCAACGGCAUUUUGGUUAUUGAGGCCAAUAGUACUGCCCAGUUGCCACCCAAUGGGUUUUCUUCAGACAAAAGUUGUCCCAAUGACGGUUAUGGUCUCUAUUACAAUAACACUGUUUACAAAAGCUGCAAGAAAGUAGAAUGGAAUCCUCCUGGAGAAGGACAGAUGUUUGUUGACUAUAGCAUACCAAUCUUUUUGCUCACAAAUUCAAAUGAAGUACAGUAUAUCAUAGAGCAAUGUUAUGAAAAAUACAAUAAUCCUGAUGAUGGUUUAGCAUCUCACUUUCCAUUGUGUGCAGCGGAACUGAAAGAUGCCAUGAAUGGAGCCAAAGAUUCUAUCACCUGCAUACGUCGUUCCAACCAUUUCACUAGCCUGACAACUAGCAUGAACCAGUAUUGUGAUCCAUUGGGAGACAAGAAUGUUUUUGGGUUUGUCAACCCCAAAAAUAAACAUGAAGAACAGCAAAACAAGUCAGUCAUUAUUGCUGCGUGCAGAUUGGACUACAUGACGUUGUUUGAAAAUGUGAAUCGAAGUGCAGAUAACCCAGUGACCAGCAUUGUUGCUCUUCUUGCUGCUGCAGAAGCCAUUGGAAAAGUGAAAGAGGAAAUCACUGAUAACAAAACUAUUCUCUUUACAUUUUUCCAAGGAGAAGCAUUUGAUUACAUUGGGUCAAGCCGCAUGGUAUAUGACAUGGAAACUGGCACCUUUCUAAAGAAUGAAGACAAAUAUGGACUACAUGCUCUCAACCUUAAUCACUUGUCACAUUUUAUUGAGGUUAGCCAACUUGGUUACCAGCAGACUAAUGAGGCUAAAGUUUGGCUUCAUUCAGACCCCAUCAGCAGGAUCAACAUUUCUAAGCAGAUUGAGCACUUGGUCGACCAAAUCCAAAGAAUUGCUCAGCAGUUGAAUGUUUCUGUGCAGGAACCCGGCCAUUCUCAACCUCUCCCACCGUCGUCAUCACAAAGAUUCCUGCGCAAGACUCUCCUACCAACUAUUGUCUUUGCUAACCACGAGAACAAAUUCACCAAUAUUUAUUAUAACAGUAUGUUUGAUAUUGGUCAACUUAUAGGAGUUGAUUACCCAUCUUCUGGUGAUCCAGAUGACAUCCCCAUUACAGAUCAAGCCCUCUUACUCACAAAUAUUUCCACGAUCCUGGCUCGUACACUUUACCAAUUGGCUACCAAUAAAAGUGGGUCACAUAUACAGGCCAACAGCACUACAGUCAGCCAUUUAUUGUAUUGCUAUAUCCUCAACAGUAACUGCCCAAUGUUUCAUAUGAUUUUAAGAGAAGAAAUUAGUCAUAAGUUUCACAAAAUUCCAGAGAUGAAUUUGUAUGUGAGUGUCAAGAACAACAACAAUCCUCUGACAUACAUCACUGAGAGGAUGCUUGCUUAUUUUCUAGGGGAUAAACUUGAAAAUGUCUCCAAGAGUGAUUGUAAAACAAUGACGAAUGGGACUAAAAGAUCAUACUGGAUGCAAGGAAUUGGUAAACCUCGGCAAGGUUUCUGUUUGGUAGCAGUGACUCGAAACAGUGAUGCUGUAUCUCCUGCUUUUAUUAUUGAUGAUUAUGAUUGGCUCUCGGGUGAAUAUUCAACUUGGACAGAGAGUAUCUGGUUGCAAAAUGCUAUGUCUGUGCGUCUGUUUCUUGUACCCAGCAACAAAUUGCAAGCAGUAACUCUGUUUGUCGGUGUUCUCAUCCUGUGCCUGGCUAUGGGAAUCGUCUUUUUUCUGAACAGCCGAGCAGAGGUUGUCUUCUCUGCAGCACCACACCUUCCCUAUCUCUUUUCUCUCUUUCCAAAACUCCGCCUCCACUUGUCCAUCAAAGCUCUUCAUCCUGUCUUAAGCAAACUCAUUGGCCACUUUAAACCCCCCACUUACUGUCUUCAUUAA